UCGGCUUGAUUGGCCGCGUUCGAAGUCCAAUGUUUGGCCGAGGGGAGGGGGGGAGCACCAUCAUCACCACCGCCGCUAAUUCCAGCCGCUCCUGUGAGGCUCCAAUCCCGCUAAAGAGGCUUAGCAGUCGGUUGCAGCAGGGCAUUUGGCGACUCGAGCCGAAGUAGGACUCCUCUUUUCGAAUUGUUCGACUGGAACGUUCAAGCGAAACCAACCUGGCUCUUGGCUCUCGUCCGCUGUCUCGCUUGUUCAGCUCGGCGUUGCAGUUCGGUUUGGUUUGGCGCGAUGUCCGUCCGGGGCUCGGUGACACCGCUCGGGCGUUAAUUGCUCAGCGACGGAAUGUUUCAUGGUUAACUCUUUGCAUUCUUGCAGUUUACUUUGGACAUUUUGCUACCUCCACAAUGAGUUUUAACACUAUUCCGCAGUUGAGGCUGGGUUGAGCGCCCCCACCCCCUUUCGAAGUAACCCUCCAGACAUUCCGAGCCAUGGCCAAGAACCAGUCCGACACACCGGGCGGCGACGUGGGCCAAAUGAGCGACGACGAGCUCCUUCGUGGCGGCAAAGAGGAGCUCCUUCGUCUGCUGCGCCGCGUCGACGGCGAGAAGAUGAACCUGAUGAUUGAGCACGGCAACCUGAGGAAGGAUAUCAACCGGCGGCUGCAGGUGCACCUCCACGAGAUCCGCAGCCUGAAGGAGAUCAACCAGAAGCUCCAAGACGACAACCAAGAGCUCCGGGAGCUUUGCUGCUUCCUGGACGACGACCGACAGAAGGGCAAGAAGCUGUCCCGGGAGUGGCAGCGCUUUGGCCGCUACACGGCCAGCGCCAUGUGGAAGGAGGUGGGCGCCUACAUGCUGAAGCUCAAGGAGCUGGAGGCCAACCAGGAGACAGUUUUGCGGGAGAACACCGAACUCAAGGAAAUCAUCCUCAUGCUGGACGAGGAGCGGAACGGCGCGGGCUCCAGGAGUUCCAUCGAUAGCCAGUCCAGCCUGAGCAACCUCAACGGGGGCACCGGUACUGUCCGGGACGUUGGGGAUGGGAGCAGCACCUCCAGCGCUGGAAGCGCCGGGAGUCCGGACCACCACAAUCACAGCCACCCCCACAACCCCGUCAACAAGCCCGCUGCGGAGAGCACCAAGUUGGGCCAACCCAUGCGGAGGUCCAUGGACGACCUGUCGGUGCCGCACCAUCACAGGAGCAUCCCCAAUGGACUCAAUGAUCCCUCCUCCAACUACAUCCGGCAACUGGAGACCAAAGUGCGAAUCCUGGAGGACGAUAACAACAAGCUACUGUCACAGGCUCAUAAUCGUCAUAGUUUGUCACAGAUACAAAUGAAGAAGUGCAAUCCAGGUGACUUGCGAGCCCUCCGGAAAGGGAUGACCCUGUACCACUCCGAGUCGCAGCUGUCUUCGCUGCCCCAACGCCAGGACGCCUUGCACAACAUGGUUUCAGGUCGUCUCCCCACCAGCGAAUCCUCUCCAGCCACAGGAUAUUUGUCAUGUGUGCAGAAGCCCGAGGCUGUGGUGCAUGCCAUGAAGGUUCUGGAGGUCCAUGAGAACUUGGACAAGCAGGUUCCUGAAGACUAUGAGGAUGACCUCAGUGAGAAAGAGAAGGCCAUCGUCAGAGAGAUGUGCAAUGUGGUGUGGAGGAAGUUGGGUGAUGCAGCCGGCUCCAAACUGUCCAUUCGCCAGCAUCUGUCCGGCAACCAGUUCAAGGGGCCUCUGUAGUGCCAGCUUGUAGCCGGUGACAGCACCAGGGGUGGCCGCCAAUGUUUUACCAGGGAAAUCAAUUGAGAACAUUUUCCUCAAUUGCUUUACCUGGUAAAACAUUGGGGGGGGGAAAAAAAAAAAAAAAACAACAACAAAAAAAAAACACCCAUCAGAAUACGAUCCAUGACACUAAGUAUUGAGUAUGAGAUUUGAACUUUCCCACAGUGUUACGGUCAAUUGACAUUGGGUUGUGGGCAGAAGGUACCGACGCUGCGUGGGUUCAAGCACAGGUGCCGCCAAGGAUAGCAGACGUCUUACCUUUUUGAUAUGAGCUACUGUAGUGCCCUCUACUGGGCACUACAUCCCCUCAGAGUACACUUACGUUUUGACUGUAACGGGUUCUUGUUAGUUAAUGCAAUAAAGUCAUCUAAGAUUUAGGUGUAGCCUAACUUUGGAAAUUGUAGUUAUUGUUUAUGAAUUAUUUGCCCUGUCAUGUUUAUUGCUAGUCUAAAAUGCUUUUGUUGUGUUAAGUGGUGUGGAUCCACUGACUUAAGCCCCUAUCCUCAGAGCGGCGAAUGUUGCAAACCUUGACGAGACAUUUGCUGCCCACGGUGGGGAAGGGGACUUUGGCACCUUUUGGGCUCGUUUACAGUUAACAUUGUACAUGAAACAAACAGGAACACUUCAUUGUUAGCGUUUGACUUUUGGUUCCAACAGCGACAAGCUACACUGUGAAUACUAUUUGUCGCCGUGUGGCGACUCUACUGAAACGAGCCCAAAUGGAUGCUGUGUGCAUGCUCAACAAUCACGUUCUCAGGUCGGUGUCGCGUUUGCUACAAGACUGUUGACGCUGUGCAUGUUCUUAACCUUUUGUGUCUCAAUCUCAAAGCUGUAACACUCAAAAUCUUUAAGGGAUGCUUUUAUUAUUCAGGCAAUUUUCAGCAGUAAAAUGUUCAAGAUUUUGUCUACAACGAAUUUUCAUGUACAAUUAAUCCCCUGGGGCUCAAUAAAGUAUCUAUCCAUCCACCCAGAUCUAAUUACCACCUUUCAAAACUUUUUUACAUCAACUUAAAAUGACAUCACAUGACCUCAGGACUCAGGUAAUGACCAAUCACAGCUCCGCUUACAAAUGUCACAUGAGCCAUGAUUGGUCGUUUGCUGACCCUAAGUCCGUGACCUCAUUUUCAGUCAACAGCAAGAGGCAAACUGUGUUUUACUGCUGAAAUUGGCUAAAUAAAUUAAGCAUCCCUUUAACAAAAUCUCUUCUUGAUGUCAGAAACAAGAGUGUGCAACAAUACGUGCAAAAACAACCCCAAACAUGUACACUGUCCAUUCUAAGCAAGCAGUAUUAGGGCCACACUCCUAAAAAAACAAAAGCAUUAGCGAACAAUUGUGACUGUUGGCAACGGCAGCAAACUAAGUUUAUGUCAAAGUUCGCAAAUGUUGGCAAAACCCUGACGAGAACAUUUCUUCACCAACACUCACAAUUGUUCGCUGUACAACAUACGGAACACAUGAAGUCAAUUUUACUGCUUUUCUUUUAAACAAGGUCUUCAGUAUAUAUAAAUAGUGAUUACCCCAAAUUUGGUUUUCUCCAGUUCUGCUUCCCUCUUUAGUGUGGCCCUAAUAUUAAUUUCGAGUCCACUAACUCUUGGUAAAAAGUGUCCUUUUUUUUCUAGUAAGUGAUUGGAAGCCAUGAUUCUCUUGUCAAAAAAUGUACAUAGACAUUAGGACUUGUGUUUUAAAUUUGGAACACUUGUCUAAUCAACAGCGCUGACACUCACUAGCAUGACCGUAAUGUCGUCAAUGUCUUCCUGUCCUUCUCAACGCAUCUGAGCGGAUCGCAGCUGGCUGACUAGGCCACGUUUAGAAUCAGAAGAGAAAAUAAAACGAGUUGUUGAUACAA